AUGGAACCAAGAGGCAUUUUAAGAAAUAAACAAGAGGGCCAGCAUUCUCCCCACGAAACAACACAGGGCGAGCUAGAUCGCCAGGAAGUGAUCCGCAACACAAGAUACAAUGCCCACCUCAAGUCGGAAAGUGCCCAAGGCGAUAAGAUCCGGGCGCAAUUGGCCGAGGCCAAGCACGACGAGAAGCUUCCAGACCACUUGAAGUGGGACGAGAUCAACUUGUACAAAACGGAGAUGGAAAAGGCGGCGACCAUGAAAAUCGACGAGCCGAAAACCCCUUAUGAGGGAGGCUUCAACCCCGAGGGCGAAUACUACCAGGAGGACGACGAGACGAUUCCAGACUUCACUUUGGGCGAGUCGCAGCCCCAGGACGAGGUUGUGGACCAGUCUUUGAACGGAGGCGAGCUUGUGAAGGACGAAGAGCAAGAAGAAGAACCAGAGGAAGAAGAGGAGGAGGAACAGCCGUUGCUGGCCGAGGAGAGACACCGCCGUUUCGAGGAAAUGAGGAAAAAACACUACCAUCAUGCGGCAGCGCCUCUCAAGCACAGUGUUGACGUUGAUGACGAAUGA